AUGAUGCUUUCACCUGGAACAGAGGAGCUGCAGCCCCAUCCCUCACCGUUUAUGGCGGUGGAGAUAUGGUGCAUGAUAAUUGACAUCCUUUGUGACGCCGAAGAAGAGGACCACGACGAGGGCAGAAGUCGCGCCAAGUGUUCCUUGUACCUCCGUGAUUUGAUCAAUCUGAGUAGCACUUGUGCAUGGUUUCGCAACCUUCUAGCUCCGCGUAUAUUUGCGGUCGUAUAUCUAAACAACACGGCCAAGAGUGCCUUGUCUAUAAAGGCUAUCGCCGAUGGCAACUUCUCUGGGUGCAUCAAAGAGUUGCAUUACAUCGCCAACUGUGAACCAGAGCAGCAAAACUUACCAGUCGAGGAUAUCUAUCCGCUAGAGGUCGACACCGUUCUUUCCAACCUCACUUCUUUCACGGGUCUCCAAACCCUUAGCGUGGAGUUUCCCUUCGACUACGACGAGCUCAUGGAAGACUUUGGAUGCUCAGGGUUCAACGACGAUCCCAAAGCAGCUGUGGUUGAGGAAGGAAAGAAUGCCUGGCGGGGACUGAUGGCGGCAAGUUUCCGCGCUAUUCUGUCUAGCUAUGGUUCUCAACACUGGCCAGGAGGUCAAAUCCCCCUCUCGCUCACCAUCCAGGCACUCAAUAUUGUGCCGAUAUCGGUAUUUUCCACCGGCGAAUUCCAUUAUUUUCUUUCGCAAUUACGGAGAUUUAAUAUGUCUCUGAAGCAAUGGGACAACGGUGUCGGAUGGAUGCUCAAUACCUACGAGUGUUUCUUUGGAUUUCCAGACUGUCUGGGCCCGUGGUUCUUCAACCAUCUCACAUCUGUCGAGGAAUUCAGUUUUGAUCCCCAAGAGUCUGCACCGCUAGGUGAUGCAGGGCAACCCCAUGCUUACAAUAUAUCCCUGUGGAAGGCUGACAUGCCACGGCUGCGAGGCCUCACUCUCGGCAAUAUCUAUUUGUGCCUUGAGUUGAAAGAUUUCCUCCUUCGUCAUCUUGGUACGUUAGAGUCAAUAUCGCUGCGAGAGUGCUACAGCUGCAGCGACUGCGUAGGUGGUGAAGGUAUGUCUUGGAGCGAACUUCUUUUUGCUCUGGCACAGAAAUCUCCGGCUCGUCUCACCUCCUUUUCCUUGCAUUGGGACUAUCAUCAAGAGGACCUACUCGAUCUAGAGGACAACAUGGCAGAUCCAACGCUUGUCGCGCAGGUGCGAAGAAAGCUCGAGAUAGAACCCAGCGCCAGAGGAUUUCCCUUCUGCUACUGCCAUGUGUCUGACAAAUACGGGUAUGCAUCUCUCGACCAGGAUGCUAACCGAACAGCCUUCGUGAAAGGAGAGGACUACCGAGGCUACCAGAGACUCAUGGCUAUCGUUAAUUCGAAUGCUACUGGGAAUCACUAA